AUGCCCCGUGCAAGUUUCUCUCAUAAUCCUCUAUUAAGAGUGUCGCGGCCUGUUUCCGCUUGCUCCCGGUGCCGUGCUGCCAAAGUCAAGUGUGAUGGCAAGUUGCCAGCCUGCACAGCUUGCGAAAAAGCUGGUCGCUCGACUGAAUGCUCAGCAGCUAAUGAUCAGUUCGCUAGAGGCAAGGAGAGAAGUUAUGUGGCUGCCUUGGAGUUACGUAUAGAAAAGCUCGAAAAAAGACUCCAAUUUGCCAAAUCACGAAAGGCAUCUGUUGCACUUCAUGAUACGGAUGCAUCCGCCUUCAAUGCGCAGCAAAUGGACCGCAGAGAUUCUCUGGCUCUUAUUCGAGCCGCCAUACAUCGUAAGGCGGCUCAAAAACGGGAGACUUCCGACGUCAACUCUCUCGUUUCCGACUUCGGGUUUCUUUCUGUCAAUGCUACAACCCGGGACUUUGAGCCUACAUCAACAAACAUGACGUUUGCAAGACUGGUUUUGGCAGCCACUACGAAUGAUGCCCUUCCAGAAUCUCCUGAGAUCCGUUUACCGCCUAGGCAGACUGCCCAUGCGCUUGUUCAGCAUUACAUGGACAACGUCUACUCCCUGUUCCCCUGCUUCUCGGAAACUGCUCUUUUGACCGCCCUUGAUGACUUGUAUCAGCAAGAUGACCGCACAAUCAAGGAUUCGGACUAUUGGAUGGUGUUCAUGGUUCUUGCCAUUGGCUCUACUGCCCAGAGCAAACGCAGCCAAGAUACCCACUAUCUUACUGGCCUUGAGUAUGCCUCAAGAGCCAUGAAUCAUGCUGAUGGCGCUCUUACACCGGGAUAUGUGACACAAAUCCAAUCGCUCCUGCUUCUAACACAGUAUGCCAUGCUGGACCCUGCUCAUUUUGACAGUUGGCACUUGAUAGGAUUCACUGCGCGGGCAAUUGUUGACCUUGGCUUUCAUCAAGAUCCACCUCUGUCUUCUGUGUCUGAUAAAUCUUCCCUGGACAUGCGGCGUAAGAUCUUUUACUGCGCAUAUGCUCUCGAUCGUGCCAUCAGUAUGGUCCAUGCUCGGACGUUCUCGUUUACUGAUGAUACGGUUAAUGUUGCGUUUCCUCAAGCGUCCAGUAACGCAAGAAAGAGUUCGGUCUCGGGCGCCAUUACGGGCCCUCAGCCAGCUGACCCUGCCCUCCUGCUUUUCCAACUUCGAAGAGCACAAUCUCAUUGGUAUCAGGAGCUGUAUCAAUCCGGCUCAGUCCCUCUACAAGACCCAAUCUCCUAUAUCUGGAAGAUGUGUCUCGACAUGCGGGAAUGGCAAGAUACUUUGCCGAAUAAUCUUCCUCCUCAAAUCCGACAGUUGUUUGAACAGGAGCUGAGAUACAGUUAUGUCUAUUGCAUUGCACCCUCAGCCAGGGCACCUAGCAUCACCGAUUAUAACCGCAUUCUGAUUUUUGAACAUUCAAUGGCGUACCUUGACACUGUUCAUGAUAUCGCACACGGUGCACAGAAUUCAGGCUUUUACACGUAUCACGACGUCUUGCGGGUCUUUUUUAUGGUAAACCAGUUUCUCGCAGUGUUAAGGGAUGCGGAAGACAUGCUUCUUUCAGGAAUGCCGGUGCCGAUUCCAAUUGCGCGCCCUGGUACUGCUCCCGCCCCUCCACUCCCAAGACGAUUACAACCGCAAGGAAUGAGUGGGGAAGAUAACCUCGACCGAAGUUUGAGAUGCUUGGACAAGGUCUCACAGACUUUAGAUACCUACGGAGAUCGCUGGGUAGAUGCUUCGACUUGGAGAGAAAGCUUCGGCAUGAGGUCGCAAGAAACAGUAGAACGACUGUCGAGGCGAAAACAGAUACGUGAUACUGCUCGGGAACAGUAUCAGUUACAGUAUCAGGGUGGUUUUCAAAUGUGA